AUGGCAGAGUAUGGGACUCUCCUUCAGGACCUGACCAACAACAUCACCCUCGAAGAUCUGGAACAGCUCAAGUCAGCCUGCAAGGAGGACAUUCCCAGCGAGAAGAGUGAGAUCACCACAGGCAGUGCCUGGUUUAGCUUCCUGAAGAGCCACAACAAGCUGGACAAAGACAACCUAUCCUACAUUGAGCACAUCUUUGAGAUAUCCUGCCAUCCUGAUCUACUCACUAUGGUGGUUGACUACAGAACCCGUGUGCUGAAGAUCUGGGAGGAGGACGAGCUGGAUACCAAGCUAACCCAUAUCCCCUGUGCCAAGAAAUACAAAGACAUUAUCCGGCAGCCCUCUGAGGAAGAAAUCUUCAAAUUGGCUCCCCCACCAAAGAAGGCCUGAGCAAGGGGGAGGAAGAGGAGGAAGGUUGGAUCUUCAUCAGACCACUCCCUUCCCCAUCCUCAAUGGGAGGGGCUAGGGCAACCCCCCUGCCCUGUACCCACAUACUAACUUGGCCCUA